GCAUGCUAGCUGCACCCUAGCUACAUCUCCACCCCCUGCUACCUUCACUCUUCAUGGAUCCAAUUUCACUUCUCACUCAACAUACUCCUCAAAUCAUUGCUUUGGUAUUCUUUUCCAUUCUUUUGUUUCCCUCGUUUCUGUUCCUCUGAGGGGUCUUUGAUUCGUGUACGUCCUUCCUCUUGGGAUUGCAGGCAAAGCCAGAAGCUUGUGAUCUCGCACUCAUCAAGCUGUUACUAGUCGAGGAGAAUUUCGUGCACGAGAGCCGAGAGCCAAGAAUUUUGGGGGCGUGGGCGUCGUCGACCUAUAGACGAUGGCGGCGUACUACAACGGCGGCGCCAGCACGGACAUCCAGGCCAGCACCGAUGGCCUGCAGACGCUGUAUCUCAUGAACCCGAGCUACGCCGGGUACGCUGACGACGGUGGAGGCGCAUCCACGCCGGGGGCGACCAGCAUGAUGCUCCUCAACUCGGCCGUGACCACCAUGACGCCGGCGUCCUUCGCACACCACCACCAGCAGCAGUCGCCGCCGUCGUCGGCCGCGCAGCGCGCAACACUUCGUCGGCAUCCCACUCCAGGUCCAGGCGCCGCCGCCGUCGGGCUAUUGGCGUGUCGGCCACGUCGCAGGGGCAGGUGCUGCUGAGCUCCAAGUACCUCAAGGCCGCGCAGGAGCUGCUCGACGAGGUGGUGAGCGUCAGCAAGGUCGUGGUGGACGACGCCAGCAAGACGGCCGUCGCCGCGGCCAAGAGCCUGGCGGCGGCGAAGAAGGAGGAGGACUGCGAGGGCAUUUCCACCGAGGACGGUGCCGGCACAAAGAGCGGCAGUGGCAGCGGCGCGGCGGAGUUGUCCACGGCGGAGCGGCAGGAGCUGCAGACGAAGAAGAGCAAUGCAAGCUUAUCAAUAUGCUUGACGAGGUCCGUCCGUAAUCACUGUUCUCGUUCACUAGUUUAUUUUUCAACUAAAAUAUGAUCAAUAAUAAAGGACGGAGGAGAAAGUAUUACUUAUACUAGGAUUAAUUUCAAAAAUAUAUAUUUUUUAUCUAAAAAGAAACUUUUUAGAGUUGCUGUUGAUGAGGCCUUGAGAGCUUUUAAAUUUUCAUGAAAGUUUUUGGUUAUUUCCUCAGAAUUUGGUAGCGAGAGAUAUUUUGUGAUGUUUUUUUUUGGCUGUUUGCUUGCCUCUACACAGUCUAAGGCAGCAUUAAUGUUAUUAGAAGGCUACAGCUAGGAACCAUUUGCCUUUCUGUUAUCCUUGUUAUGCUGUUUCUUUUUCUGAAAGAUGAGUGGUGACACAAGUUGUUGGAACAGUGCACAGCUUUAAAGUUUAAUCUGAUGGAUACAUAUCACUGUAUCAGACUUUUUCCCACUUUAAAUCCUUCUCUUAAUCAACCAUGCAAGCUACAUCGACUUAAUGUGUAGUGCCGAUACCAAUUAUUGUUCCCCUACUUAAUUCUGUGAUUCUUAAUUAUUAGUAUACCUUAUUGUUUGGUUCACAUAUUUGUAACAUGCAUGAACGGUAACUAAUAACAUUAAACCAUGUUUGUUUAAGUUCAAUCGUAAUCAGAUAGCACACUAAAAACCGAUAUAUUGUUCUAUUCAAACUUAUUACCGCCGGUAAUCAAGUAUGAAUAUUACUGUUAUUAUUUAUGUUAUAUUUCGUGAACCAAACUAUAUCUUAGUUUCUACUUCUUUUCUUUUGAAAUGUCUUAAUUUCAUUUUUAAUCUAGGCGUCUGGGGUAACAACUAAGAGGUUCGGUUCUGAUGGUAAAAUGAAGGAAAUAUAUUUAUAACAAUAUAAACCAAGAUAAAAGUGCAAUAGAGAAGUUAUAUAUUUGAGCAUAUCUAAGGAGUGUUUAAAUGCACUAGAGCUAAUAGUUAGUGGUUAAAAUUAGCUAGAAAUAUCCAAACGACUAGAUUAAAAAUGAUUUAAUAGUCAGCUAGUUAUUUGUGAACUAGCUAAUUCUACUAACAAUUUUUUAGCCAACUAACUAUUAGCUCUAGUACAUUUAAACACCCCUAACUAACAUAAUAAGUGGAAAUGAAAACCAUAUCCUCUAGUAUCAUCUACAGUGAAUUAUAUGGCAAGUGGAGGUCUUUCAGCUUGAUUGCGCAAACAAACUAAAUCCAGCAACUUGCAUUCUUUUGGUUACUUUGUCCAUGACAGUACAAACAAGCUUUCAACUCGUUGCUUCGUCAAAUGUGUGUCCAUUUUUUGUCUGCGAGUGCAAGCCGGCUCCAUGCAUGAGUGUAUAGUGUACUGCGAGUCUGCGAGCUGAACGCGAAUGGUACCAUAUAACGAAUUUUAUUAUUUUCCUAUCUCUACUACUACUUAUGUUAGUAGUGUAGGCGUUCACAGGCCCGUGUUCUGCCUCCUGCGCGUCCGCAUCUCCCGUCUCAGCAAUCCGCGCCUCCGCCGCCGCAAUCCACGCCAGCGAUUCCUUGCCUCCGCGCAAUGCCCGUCCAUACAUGGCUCCGCCGCAUUCCACGCCGCGCGAGCCCUCGCCUCCGUGGCAACGCACCGGCUCCCAUCGCACGCUCUUCCCACCGCGUGUCCGCGUCUACCGCACGCUCUCCCUCACCGCGCGGACAGCGAUGGAAGGUCGCCCCAAUCCCUGCACCCGCUCGCGCAGCUUGACCUCGCCGCCUCCCCCACCACGCGGGCGCCGAUGCGGGCGCCGAUGGAAGGUCGCCCCAAUCCCCGCACCCGCUCGUGCAGCUUCACCGACACGCAUCGGAGGGUAAUCAGCUUCUCGUCGACGGGACCGGGGGGCGAGGAGGCGGCGCGGCGCGAGACGCCGGAGGAGACGCGGAAGCGGCUGGAGGAAUUGGACGCGCUGCUGGAGGGGCUGGUCGAGCCCAAGAUGCGGCCGCCAACACCACCUCCUCCUCCGGCCAAUAUGCCGUUAACAAAACACCUUAGAGUCGCUAUUAUCGAUAGCAAUCCAGCGCUGGAGUCAAGAAGUUACCUGGGCAAAAACAGUAUACCCGAUUCUAGGGUCAGCACCGUUACCCCUGCAACCAUUUCCUUCUUCGAGGGUAUGAUUCUGAAUCAACUAUGUGCAUCGUCAUACUUAAUUUCAGUUGUAUUUCAACUGUCAAUGGUAUUUGGAUUUAUGUUUGAGCUUGUAUGUUCAGGUGUCAUAUCGUCUUCAAGGGAUGACUCCAAAUAUGGCUGCUUGCAUUGCUGUAGAGAGCAUAUCAAUUCUUGAGAAGCUCCAUUCUAAAGGGUUUGUGCAUGGUGAUGUGAAACCAGAGAAUUUUCUGCUUGGUCAGCCUGGAUCGCCUGAAUAUAAGAAGCUUUACCUUACAGAUCUUGGUUUAGGUAUGCAUUUGUCAAUUUUUUUAUCCAAGUGUUUACUAUUCCAUGCCACCUUUGUUUCUUUGAAACUUCAUAGAUUUUCUUAGUGUUAUUUUCCCAAUUAUCUCCCCCUUCUUUGUUGUUGUUGAUAUGUGGCACCCAAAAUUGUACAACAUCCAAGUGGAGAGAGAAUAAUGGUCAUCAUGUUGAUUAUGAUCAACGGCCUGAUAUCUUUAGGGGAACAAUUAGAUAUGCGAGUGUCCAUGCUCAUUUGGGGCGCACUGGUAGUAGGAGGGAUGAUUUAGAGUCACUGGCAUACACCCUUAUUUUCCUGAUAAGAGGAAGAUUACCUUGGCAAGGCUACCAGGGAGAUACCAAGAGUUUCCUUGUUUGCAAGAAGAAAAUGUCUACUUCUCUGGAGAUGCUUUGUUGUUAUUGUCCAGCUCCAUUCAAACAGUUUCUUGAGAUUGUCACAAAUAUGAAAUUUGACAAAGAGCCAAAUUAUGCCAAGCUUAUCUCUCUUUUUGAUGGUUUGAUUGAAGCACCUGCUUCGAGACAAAUCAGAAAUGAUGGGGCUCUCAAGGUUGGACAGAAACGUGGAAGACUGGUUGCAGAUCUAGAAGAAGAUGAACAACCUAAAAGGAAGGUUAGAUUAGGGAGCCCAGCGGCUCAAUGGAUUUCAGUUUAUAAUGCGAGGUGGCCCAUGAAGUAGAGGUACCAUUACAAUGUGGCUGACUCGAGGCUAAGCCAACAUAUAGAAAAGGGCAACGAUGAUGGGCUUUACAUUAGCAGCGUGGCUUCCUCGGCAAACCUUUGGGCACUCAUCAUGGACGCAGGAACCGGUUUCUGUUCUCAGGUUUAUGAGCUCUCACCAGUUUUCCUCCACAAGGACUGAAUAAUGGAGCAGUGGGAGAAAAGCUACUACAUAACAGCAAUUGCUGGAUCAUCCAACGGGAGCUCAUUGGUUGUCAUGUCCAAAGGAACUCCUUACACCCAGAAAUCAUACAAGGUUAGUCUAUGUUAGGCAAAGGGUAAUAUAUUUCCACUGCUCCGGACCUCCGCCUUCCCCAGCUCACACGUCAAGGAGAAAUGGGCCAAGAACCUCUACAUCGCUUCGAUCUGCUACGGGCGGACCGUGUGCUGAUGGCGCGCACGUGGGAAGUGGAGAGAGAAUAAUGGUCAUCAUGUUGAUUAUGAUCAACGGCCUGAUAUCUUUAGGGGAAUAAUUAGAUAUGCGAGUGUCCAUGCUCAUUUGGGGCGCACUGGUAGUAGGAGGGAUGAUUUAGAGUCACUGGCAUACACCCUUAUUUUCCUGAUAAGAGGAAGAUUACCUUAGCAAGGCUACCAGCUGGUGCUACCCAUCUUCAACGGUGCGGCAUACAUCUACGAGGCGCACGUCCGGCGCUACUUCAAGAUCGGCAGCUACGUGAGCCCCAGCUACAGCGAGCACCACCACCGGGUGCUGCAGAUGACGAGCCUCAACGCGCGCAGGUCCGUUGAGCGCUUCAUCGACACGCAUGGGCCCGACGCGCUCGACAGGAUCAUCCGAGCUGCUGAGCAGGAAGCCAAGAGGACCUAGCAGCUUAGCAUGCGCUGUACAGUUAUCGCUCGUGUGAAUUACUUUAUGUAGUGCAGACAUGGUACGUGUGCGUGUUUGUUUGAUACUCCAAUGACUUAACUCAAAGGUGUGGUCUUUGUAUCCAUUGGUAUUGAGCCAUUUGUCAAAGAGCGGUAUAUGAAACAAAUGCUUGGUGUU